GCUGUGCUGCGCCGCCAAUUUGCAAGAAAAUUAAGUUCGUUUCGUUUGCAGUUGUGAAAAUCGACGAGGAGAGCAGCGGCGCACUCUCCGCAAGGAAGCUGCCAACGGCCAGUGAGAGGUGACGAGUGAAAAGUGGCAAGUGGAAGUACCAAAAUGUGAACAGUGCCACUAGUGCUAAUCGCAACGCAGCAUCCAGCGACACAGGACAUGCGCAGUGGCUUCUUUGGUAGUUGCAGUUUGGCUAAUAGCGCCUGAAAGAGCGAAGGACCAUGGCCUUCUCCCGCCACAACAUCGAGAAGCGCCGACUCAUCGAGCUAGUGCGCCUGAACCCCAUCCUCUGGGACUGCCGCUUGCCCCACUACAAGCGCUCCGACAAGCGCAAGGCCAUCAAGUGGAACGAGCUGGGGCGGCUCUUCAAUGUCAAUGGAGAGCGGGUGCAGCGCACCUUUACAUCGCUCCGCGAGAUCUUCCGCCGCGAGCUGAACCACGAGAAGAUGCUGGGCACGACACGAUUCAAGUCCAAGUGGGAGUACUACGAUGCUAUGGCCUUCCUCAAGGAGGUCAUUAGGGAGCGCAAAUCCCGCGAACGCAUCAAGCACGGAUCGCUGGACUCCGCUCCUGCGCCCACCGGCAGCAGCAACAACAACAACAGUACCAACAACGUCAGCCGUAACAGCAGUAACAACAACAGCAGCAGUGCGGCCUUGGACGAGUAUCAGUACUUUGCCCCCAGCGACCCCAACAACCCGAACAAUCAGCCCCAGCCGCAGCCAGCGCCAAAGAGCAGCGUGCCAGCGGUGGCCAUUCCGAGUCUAAGUCUCAACCUCAGCCAAUUGCCCGCUGCCCUGCAACAACAGGCCCAGCACCUUCAAGCGCUUCAGCUGCAGCCGGACGUAACGCUGACCUCGCUGCAGAAACAGCCUUCUCUUUCUCUGCCGGCGACGACGCCGCUGUCCCACAUCUCGCCCGCCCAGUUGUUGUCCAGCUCGCGCUCCUGCAGCUCUUCGCCCUCCAUUUACAUCAAGGACGAGCCGGGCUCACCCGAAGUAAGGUGCCAGGACGAAGGGCUGCCCGGUAAUGGGCGAGAGGGGACGCGAAAGAAAUUGGCCACAAUUCGUCCACAGACCAAAGAGCAACUCAAGGCGCGGCUGCAGCUGCCAGCACCCAAAAACACAUCGGCGUACGCCACGUCGCCGCCCCAUUUGAUCAUCAAUGCCAAUAACGAGCUUAUCGACGCCGACGCCGGUGAUCUGGAGGAGGAUCUGGACGACUUCGACGAGGAUGACGACGUAGCCGGUAACUGCUUGCCAGUCGUCGAUCAAUCGGACAUGAUAGGUGUCGACGACAGGCUCUCGGCCGGAAGCAGCUACACUGGAGAGGGUGGGGGCUGCGGCAGGGGCCUGGGUCGAUCCCACUCCCAGGCACGCCAUAUGCCCACGUCCAGGGAACUUCUCUACAUGAAAUUUGGCGACUUUCUGGCCGCCCGACUAAACACUUUGCAUGAGACUGUAGCUAAUGAGCUGAUGAACAAGAUGCUGCUACUAAUCGCCGAGAAGUAGUGAUUGCGCGGCAGAAAGCGCCUCCGAAAUGAUUUAAUGUGGAACGGAUAAGGCUUCAAGGCGCCAGACUGCCAAAUCCAGCCAAAAGGCCCUGUGCUGGGAGCCUGGGAUGCGAAAAGGUCAGCGAGACACAUUACCACAUCAUUAUGAGACCGCAGGGACCAACUUGACCUUCAACAAGACCCGCAACUGCAGUGACUCGGGCCAGACAGGUCCUGUUUGAAAUCAGAAAGCGUAAAACCAAAGAGCGAACAAAAUGGCACCACAACAGCGGAAAUACACAGGAGAAUGGAGCUCCCAUCCUAACGUCUACAUUCUGUAAAAUAUUGAAGUAAUUGGCAAAAAUCAAGUCUGUAUUAUGUGCCAUAAAGGACAACACUAGAGCGUAUAGCGUGGUUUACCAUUAAAUGUAUGAAAUAGUUUUUAAAUCAAAACAGUUCGAAAGAGACGACAAAUAAAAUUACACAUUUCCGAACUAUAA